AUGGACUGGAAUAGGGAAAUAUCCCAACGGUUGUUAUUAUUUCAUCAGGGAGCAAUUGAAGAAUACCGGAAAUUGCUAAACCCAUUCAAUUUGUAUGUUUAUGGUUACGGUUACAAAACUGAUUUGUUAAAGGAGAUAUUUCCUGAUAGUAUAAUAGUAGACUUUAGUGAGAAAGAUAAUGUCCUAAUAUCUCGAGAUAUUUACAGCCACUACAAUAUCACACCAUCUGAAUGCGAUUUAAAACCCACAUUAUCCGAUAUAAACCAACAUAUUAAAAGAGAUAAGGUUGAGAAGGUUUUGAUUCUGAUCAAUGCUAGGAAGGAUAUUUUAGAACAUAUCACUAACUUUCGAGUAGUACUGGUUCAGAACCGAGAUUUGUAUAUUUCUUUUGAUGAGUUAUUACAGUACAACUUUAUUAUGCGUGAUUUAACUACCUUUGUUUUUGAAGUAGAUAAGCGACCAGGACUUUCUUCUCGAAUUGAAGAAGUCUUUAAUAUUUAUGAUUGCGUUGGUCCACUUAGCAAAACAGUUUUCCGUCUAGUCCUACGCCGCGCAGCAUCAAAGGCCGAAUUCUCUCUACGCGAUCUCUUUAACAAGGAAAAGAAGAAACUCCUAAUUGUAAACUAUGGCACCUUUAGAGAAUCCCUAGCUGGAUUCUUUGACGCCGGGAUCUUGGUGGAAACCAACAACAUCUGCCGCCUCAACAUCAGCAAGAAGGACCUUAGCGAAAUUCUCGACAUCAUUGAUAAGACCGAAUAA